AUGCGCUUGGUUCAUAGUCUGUCCGCGUUCCAGAUGGCAGUCACCCGGGUGAAUGCCUUGUCAAGCACCACACUCCCACUCAUCUCAACUGAAUUCGGAACAGUAUUCGAUGCCCCCGUUACUAUAGGAAACCAAACCUUCCAACUACUAGUCGACACCGGCAGCAGCGACACCUAUGUCAUGAAAUCGGGCUUUACCUGCAUCAAUGCAACAGACAAUCUCGAAACUCCCCAAGAAAAUUGCUUCUACUCGAACAAGACCUACCAGAAAUCCAACACAUACAAGCGCAUCCCAAAUCAAAUCUUCGGAGUUAAAUAUGGAGCCGGUCUAGCAAGCGGCAUCAUGGCGCUCGAAGACGUCUCCAUAGGAAACAUCUCCACCAAAGGCCAGAGAAUCGCCAUCGCAGAUCACUCCAAUCCUAUGGGCGACGAAGUGAAUAGUGGACUCCUGGGUCUGGCGUAUCCAUCUCUCACAUCUGCACACCCGGCAAACAACACAGACAAUACAACAUUCUGGUUCAACCGCCUUCUAUACAAUCCAUUGUUCAAUACCAUGCACCAGCAAGGACUGAUCGAGCCAUACUUCAGCCUCGCACUUGCAAGAAGCCCUCAAAAUAAAUCAACAGCAUUUGGAGGAUACUUGACCCUCGGAGGUCUCCCACCUGUCAACCACAGCCCCGAAUUCACAAUAGUCCCAGUGGAAAUCACAGAGACACUCCCGUUGAAUUAUACAUCCGGCAAACGAGUACGAUCAUACUGGACGACCACAAUCCACGAAGUCAAAUUCGGACCCUCUCUCAACAAUUUAACUACAAAAUCGACUUCUUUCCAGUCAUUCAUCGAUUCCGGUAAUUAUCUUACCUUCCUGCCAUCGGCUGUUGUCGAUCCUAUCAAUGCGCUAUUCGAUCCACCUGCUAAAUAUAGCCCGGAACAUGAGGCGUAUAUUGUUGAUUGUACUGCCAAAGUUCCUGAGUUUGGGUUGAAAAUCGGUAACCAGACUUUCUUUCAUGAUGGUUCGGAUUUGAUUUUCCGACCUGCUGCCGGGGUCUGUAUGUCUAGUCUUGUUUCUUCGGAGAGUGUUGCUAUUGGGGAUGUUACUUUGAGUAUUCUUGGUGUGUCUUUUUUGAAGAAUGUUGUUGCUGUUUUUGAUUUUGGGAGGGAUGAGAUGAGGUUUGCGAAAAUACUAGGUGGGAGUGAGAAUUUUACGGAGAGCAGUGGUGUCGGGAAGGGGGAUUCUGCUUUCUCGGUUGGGGUUAGACCGGUGCCUUCAUCUUCAAAUCUGGCUAUUUGGGGGUUGCUUUUUGUAUCGGCUAUAUCUUAUGGCCUCUGA